GUGGACAGAACAGCUACUGUGGAUUUUUUAGGAUGGGUAAUCGCUGCAUGCAGUCUUGGAUGUUCCAUUGCAAACCCACUUUUCGGGCUAUGGAAUCAGAAAACAAUGUCGAUCAAGGCCCCCGUCGUCGUCGGCAUGAUAAUGAUGAUAAUCGGACAAAGCAUAUUUGGUCUGCUUCCACUGUUUAGCUCCAAUCAGAAAUGGAUUAUGUUAUUCGCAAGGUUAAUGACAGGGUUCGGUGCAGGAACGCUGUCGGUAUUAAGAGCUUACGCUGCUACUGCCUCCAUACCUCGUGAACGACUCAGCUCUGUUUCAUAUGGUACUGCUGGUUACGCAGUUUUCACACCGGUUGGAGAGAAUGGUUUCAGAAUUGGACGGAUAAUAUUCAACAUGUACACAUUGCCAGCAUUUUUUAUGGUGCUUCUUUCAAUUGCAUGUUGUCUCAUAAUCAAACUGCUUUUCAAGGAAGAAUAUGCUGGUAUCAUCGACAAGAACCAGGAAGAUAGCCAUGCUUUCGUGGUGAUCCCAAAAUUUGAUGUGAUACCAGCGGUUAUUUGCAUUUACUUGUGGAUGGUCUCAUGUAUGGUUGCAACAAAUAUUGAAGUGUUAGUUGCUUCACUUCCAGUUACAGUACACAUACAUAUACCGCCACCACACGCUACCCGCUUGUUCAUCCCGAUAGAAUCUUCUGCUCAGGUAAGCAUCGUGAGUACUUCGCCAGCCCUUUGCAGCCCAUUUCUCCCGAUUGCCAUUCUUAAAAAAGUGUGCGAUUCUCUUUCACAAUUUUCUUAUUGGCGGUUACCUCGACCAUCCGUCCAUGUUCGAUUUCACGAAUCUCGCGCAAAUUCGACGACUUUUAGUUCGGAUGAUAUGGUUCCAGGAUUUCGACGCCUUGGUCCGUUGUGA